CUCGACUAUCCAGACUCCCUGGUCAGUUACCCCGUUGCUCUGUGCAUGGAGGACACACCUUUGCCAUGUUCUCAGUUCUGGCUUCAAUCUUCAUGGUUCUGGAAUCACUUUCAAAGCAACACUAAUCAACAAAGAUACACUUCCAUUUCGCUUUCGUGGAACCUUUUGCAGUUUGACCCUCGAUCCGUUCAUUUCAAUGUGCCCGUGAUUGAAUCGCCCCGUUAGCGUACCCCUUUCGGGCACCUGACGCCUGACGUCUAUGACCCCAUCCUUUUGGUAUGGCCAUCCCGACCCCUUCUCACUACAACAAUCGAUCAUCUGUCUCUCCCAAACCGACCAAGUCUCCUCCACCUAGCGCAUUACUGCACAAGCGCGACGAUAUCCGCCAGAGUCGAUCGACCAGCAAGUACCCCGUCGAGCCUACCGUCACCGCAACCUCAUCAGCCACCACCGAUUCACGUCCGCACCAUCGACCGCGCUCAAUCCGUCCCGCCGGCGAUCUGGAGGCCGAUAACAGGCGGCACGGCGGGCUUGACGCCUCGGUGGGAUCCGAGUCAUCCGGUAUGACCGCUAGGAGUAGCGAGGAUUUUGAGAUGGAUGGAAUAGACGACCUAGACGACGACCGGUUGGAAGACGAUGAGGAGACGGGGUUGACGGGAAAGGAUAAGAGGCGGAGAAGGGAAAGGAAGGCGACGAAGACGAGAUUAGACGAGAGAGUUGCUGGAGGCUCCGGUGGAGGAAGAUGGAACAAUGACCCGGGAGAGGAAGAUCAAAGGGAAUUGAUCAAGUCGGCGGCGUUUUGGAGGAAUAUCGCGUACAAUGGGACACUGAUCGGGCUCUGGUAUAUCUUUUCCAUAUCAAUCUCCGUGUACAAUAAAUGGAUGUUUUCAGAAAAGGGACACUCCGCUGAUGGCGACGAGGAGACCACAAAAUCCCUCGCUCAUCGGUUACGAGACGAUCCCCGUAUUUUCCCAUUCCCUCUUUUUACGACAUGUCUACACAUGGUCGUUCAAUUCAUCUUGGCCGGAACGGUCUUAUGGAUAUUUCCACGAUUCCGUCCCCGACACGACUCGAUUAAUGCACAUACCCGAACGGAGGGAGAUGAACCAGAGGAUAUGUACGAUCCGAAAAAACCUGUGAUGACCAAGUGGUUCUAUUUGACCAGAGUCGGGCCUUGUGGUGCGGCUACCAGUUUCGAUAUCGGUCUAGGGAAUAUGAGCAUGCGGUUCAUAUCCUUGACAUUUUAUACAAUGUGCAAGUCUUCGGUCCUAGGAUUCGUGCUACUCUUUGCAUUCAUCUUCCGACUCGAGAAGCCAUCGUGGCAACUGAUUAUGAUCAUCCUCGCGAUGACCAUCGGUGUCAUAAUGAUGGUCGCAGGCGAAACCGAGUUCAAUCCCCUUGGGUUCACGCUGGUCAUGUCUGCCGCCGCCUCCUCCGGUUUCCGCUGGUCCCUUACACAGAUCCUUCUCCUCCGCCAUCCUGCAACAUCGAAUCCAUUUUCCAGCAUCUUCGCUCUAGCCCCCAUUAUGUUUAUUACCAUUUUCGCCCUCGCCGUGCCAGUGGAAGGGCUUUUCGCUCUCGGCGGAGGUCUUGCUCACCUCAUGUCCUUGAAGGGGACCGUGUUUGGUGUUCUUGCUCUCUUAUUCCCGGGUUGUCUUGCGUUUUGUAUGACAGCCAGCGAAUUUGCCUUAUUGCAACGGACAUCGGUGGUGACCUUGUCCAUUGCCGGCAUUUUUAAAGAGGUGGUCACCAUUUCAGCCGCGAGCAUCGUUUUUGACGACCAGCUUACUCCGAUUAAUAUCAGUGGCCUGGUUCUUACCAUUGCGACCAUCGCUGCAUACAAUUACAUCAAGUAUCGGAAAAUGCAAGCCGAAGCCGACUCGGAGGGUAUCGAUCGAGCACUCGGCGGGCCUGAUAUUUCAUCCGACGAGGACGAAUCGAACGGCCCGAACGGCGGCAUCCCAUUUGAAAGCGAAUCAUUGCUUCCUUCGAGUAGCAAGAGCAGCAAAGGGAGAACGGGCGACCUCAGAGGGAAUUCUCUGAUGGGACCGCCGCCAUUGAAUCUGGUGGAUGAUCAGGUUGGUGAUAGCCCAGCACGGAAGGGUCCGCCUAAAAGACCAGAAGACUUGGAAUAAAGACUUGCAUAUGGGCAUGUUCCCGAAUGGCGUCCAUGGGGCGGGACACUUGACAUCAAGCGCUUGUACUACAAUGUUUAUAAGGCCGAAAGGAUAUUGGAUCUGCCUACUGCCCCUAGAACUCUUUUCUAUGAGACAUAACUGAGCAUUUCUUGGGACACAAUUUCGUUUAACCAUACGCUAAAAUUCCACACAAUGGGGUGAUAUAUCUCAGAGAGCUUCAUUAUAAGUCGCAGGGAAGAAUAUGAUGAACUGGAGGGCGACGUGAACUCCCAACCAUGAUCUUCACUGCGUGGAUGACGAGGCUAGACGCCCACUAAACGCAUUCACAAGUAAUACCUAAGGGCUCUCCGCAGGAUCUGGUAUC